GCCUUGGUUUGUCUGGGUCUUUUGUGUAACUUUGCAGCUCCCGUACGUGUAAAGGCUCUCGAAUAUCUCCCAUAGAUUUGUCUAACAUUCCUUUUAUGUGUUCCAGAAUGUCACCAUUUAAAUUCUUGUUUUAAUUGGGAGUAAUUUCUCCACAUGAGAGUAAGGGCCGUUAUCUACUUUCAAAUUCAUAUCUGAUUGGUACAUCUGUUUCAACUUGAAGUUAUUUUGGAGUAAUUUAAAUGGCACAGAGGAAGAAAAAUGGACAACGCACCUAAUCCAUGAAUGUUGUGGCAAUAGCUACAGGUGAAGUUGAAAAAGACCUGGGAAGAGUCUCAUACACCAAGUGUUUACCAUGUCCAAACAGUGCACGGCAACAAAGUCAGUAGAAUAUCAAUGAAUUACAUGACCAAAGCAGUAGAAUACAAGUCAUAAAUUUGUGAUCAAACUGUGCAGUGCUCUUAGUCAGACCCAAGCUUGAGUACUCUGCCCAUUUCCAGUCACUGAGGAGCAAGGGAGACAUUCAAGCUUUGGAGACCGAGCAGAAAGAGCCAUAAGGUUUAUAGCUAGCACCAGAGGUUAUGAGAAAAGACCGGAGAAACAUCUGAGAAGUGAACUUAUGGUUGAAUAUAAAAUGGUUUCUGCUGUCUAGCACACCUUUAGUUAUUUUCACAUUCUGAAGAUGUCCAAUAGUAAUAACACUCAAGAAACUUUGGAAAUCAUGAAGGAAUCUGAGAAGAAAUUGGUGGAAGAAUCUUUAAUUAAAAAUAAAUCUGCAUUCAGAACAUCCAGUAAAGAGGAGGUAGAUAAAGAUGGUGAAGACCCAAAUGCACAGCUGGAAUUUCAGCGAAGAACACAAAACCAUGGGCACUCGAGGAAGCGAUCCAAGUCCAAUUCCAAGUUAAAACUGGUGCGAAGUCUUGCUGUGUGUGAAGAAUCUUCCCACCCGUUCACAUGUGAUGGGCCUCAGGAAAUCCAGGAUGUUAUCCAACUCCAGUUCACUUGCCCUUCUGAUAAAGAAGAAGAAAGACCCUCAAAGGAUGGCUCUGAGAAAGAAGACAAGGAAAAGAAAGAGAAACUGGAAAAAGUACCUAGAAAAAUGCUGUCAAGAGAUUCCAGCCAAGAAUAUACAGACUCUACCGGAAUUGAUCUGCACGAGUUUUUAGUAAAUACACUGAAAAAUAACCCCAGGGACAGGAUGAUGCUGCUAAAAUUAGAACAAGAAAUUCUGGACUUUAUCAGUGAUAACAAUAAUCAGUACAAGAAAUUUCCUCAGAUGACCUCGUACCACAGAAUGCUCUUACACAGGGUGGCUGCAUACUUUGGAAUGGAUCACAAUGUUGACCAAACUGGAAAAGCUGUUAUAAUAAAUAAGACAGUAAAUACGCGAAUACCAGAGCAGAGGUUUUCAGAUCAUAUAAAAGAUGAGAAGAGUAUGGAUUUUCAAAAGAGAUUUAUCUUGAAAAGAGAUGACACGAGUCUAGACAAGGAUGACAACCAGAUGAGAGUACCUUUGCGAGAUGACCGGAGGAGUAAAUCGAUAGAAGAAAGAGAAGAAGAGUAUCAAAGGGUCAGGGAUCGAAUAUUUGCUCGAGAAUCUUCGUACAAUGGCUAUCUGAUGGACAGCAGAGGAAACCGAGAGUGCCUAAGCAGAGCUUCUAGCAGCCGUCAGAGCAGCACUGAGAAUGAGCUGAAGUCCUCUGAACCUCGACCAUGGAGUAGCACGGACUCUGACAGCUCAAACCGCAGUUUGAAGCCGCCCGUAACCAAAGCAAGCAGCUUCAGUGGAAUUUCUAUUCUGACCCGAGGCGACAGCAUUGGCAGCAGUAAGAGUGGAAGCAGGGUCUCCAAAACAGGCUUGCCACUCGGGACUCCUGAAAUAACGUCAUCAGGUUACGUGCAAGCCUCUGCACAGCAGCCUGGGAGGACCGUCCUGUCGAAUUCUGCACAACAGCAGCAACUGCCACCCACACCUCAGCAACAACCAAUGACCAAUCACAUGAUAUCACAGCCCUUGCCAUCUCUGCAGCCCUCUGCACAGCCUAUCCAGUACUCUGCGACCUCUUGCCCCCAAGUUCUCCUGCCAGUCUCGCCUCCCCAGCAAUACACUAUGCCUGAAGAACUUGGCAACCAGUUCGGGCAGAUGAGCCUCAGCCGCCAAGGUUCCACUGAAGCUCCCGAGACUACCUCUGCUGUAUUUCAAGCCCCAGUGAUAUCCCAGCAGCCUGGCUACAUCAUAGCUUCGCCAGGGCAGUCUCUCACUGCACCUCCCUACUCGGCAUCUGGACAUCCCACAGCUCAGCAGGUGCUUCAGCCUCAGGGUUACAUACAGCCUCCCCAGCAGAUCCCUGUUUCUUAUUAUCCCCCUGGGCAGUACCAAAGCUCCAACCAGCAGUACCGGCCUCUCUCCCAGGUUCCUUACAACUCUCAGCGCAGUCAACAGCUGCCUCAGCCAACGCAACAAACAGGUUUACAGGGUGUGAUACCAAACCAGCAGCAGACCUACCAAGGGAUGAUGGGUGUACAGCAACCCCAAACACCAGGCUUGAUGAAUAAUCAGCGAAGCAAUCUGGGAAACCAGAUGCAAGGGAUGAUGGUCCAAUACUCAUCUGUUCCAUCAUAUCAGGUGCCAAUGUCCAGUGAUUCUCAAGUAGUUGUACAGCAGACCUACCAGCAGCCUGUCAUGGUACCCAGUCAGUCUGUCCAGGGGACACUACCUGGUGGAGGAGUGCCAGUAUAUUACAGUGUAAUUCCACCAUCCCAGCAAAAUAGCACAAGCCAAUCGGUUGGAUUCCUUCAGCCACCUGGUCCAGAGCAGUACCAGAUGCCUCAGUCUCCCUCUCCUUGUAACCCAGCGCAAAUGCAGCAACAAUAUACAGGUGUGCCAGCACCCAGUCAUGGAGUUGUGGUCAUGCAGCUGAGUGUACCCAAUGGCCCUCAGCCCCCUCAACCUCCAUUGUUACCGCAAUGGAACCAGUGUAAAUACUAUAGUGUGGAGCAGCGAGGGCAGAAACCCACUGAGCUUUACAACCCCGACAACCCCACACAGGUCAAUGCCCAAUUAAACAGUCCUCUUAACUCUCCAACUCAGUCGCCAACACCGUCUCCAGUGACAAAUGUCUGUCCUGGUCUAGCACCACUGCCACUUAUUGCCCAGUUCUCCAGACCUGUUGGUCCAGCACAAGGUGACACUCGUUAUUCUUUACUUGGCCAACCUUUGCAGUACAACCUUCCAGUGUGCCCACCUCCAGUAAUACAUGGACAGUGCCAGUAUUCAACUCAUCAGGGUCCAUGCAGUACAAAACACACUAAACGAGGAAAGAAGCCAACCCUGAAAUCAGCGUCCACUGACCUUGGCACAGGUGAUGUUGUUGUUGGACGAAUCUUGGAGGUAACAGAUCUUCCUGAAGGAAUCACUCGCACUGAAGCAGACAAACUUUUCAGUCAACUUUCAAUGUCUGGUGCCAAAAUCCAGUGGCUCAAAGACUCUCAGCAACGCAGCAGUGGCUCUGGGGACUGUAACAGAGUGACAGAGAACUCAAAGAAUGCCGGUGACCUAGCUGCACUUUAUACUAUUGUUGCCGUGUUCCCAUCGACCAUGGCGGCUCAAAAUGCAACUAUCAGACUGAAUAAUUCAACAAACAGGUUUAAACUGCGAACAGCCAAGAGGAGCUAUGAUCUUCGCAUUCUAGAAAGAGCCAGUUCCCAGUAGCCAAUGGAUAUUUGAAAAGCCCUUUUUCUUCUCUCCUUUGAAUGACUGUAUUGGCUUUGUUUUAAGUCAGCAUUGUUCCUGUAGUGUAUUGUUUUGUCCAAAUAUCACUUUAGACAUAAUUAAGGAAAGUUAGUGAUCAGUUGGAAAAAAAGUUUGUUUUUCCCCUCUCCCAAAUUCCCAUUUUACACAGCCACACAACCCAUGUGUAUUUUUUUCUGUUAUAAUUGUGCAAAAGUAUUAGAAGCUUAUUUAAGUGACUCAAACAGUUGACUGUGUAUGGUCACGACAAAUUUUAUUUAACCUGUUUUUUUUGAUUUUAAAUAUAAAAGUUUGUCUGCCAGUCCAGACUCUCAAUAU